CGGAAUCGAGACACUUCUCUUAACUCUAUUUCAUUAACGCAUGUCUGAAAUCCGGUCCGACCAUUGUUUCUCUCUCUGACACUAGCAAUACAAUUGCACUGACCGUACAUUCACUAAAGUAACACAAGGCCAAGCUUACUUCUUUCUUUCUCUCUAUCUCGAGCUCUGAGGGAAACUUUUUCGAGGGAGAGAUAAGAGAGACGUUAGUUAGAUUCCUAGACCAAACAACAACGUUAUUGUUGUUUCUGAUAAGUAUAAAGAGUAAAGUAGAAAAGUUCAUUACUUUGUUGCGUUUUAGCUCAAGUGGAGCUCAGUUUUAGAGAGCAAUGGCUGUAGGAUUUAAGCUUAUUUUUGCUAUCUCACUGUUGCUUACUCUUCUGGUCUUUUGCAGAGGGAGCACGAUAGGGGUAUGCUAUGGAAGAAAUGCUGAUGACCUUCCAACACCGGAUAAAGUUGCGCAACUUGUUCAACAACAAAAGAUUAAGUAUUUGAGGAUUUAUGAUUCUAAUAUUCAGGUUCUCAAGGCCUUUGCAAACACUGGAGUUGAACUUAUGGUUGGAGUUCCAAAUUCAGACUUAUUGGCAUUGUCCCAAUUUCAAUCCAAUGCAGACUCAUGGUUGAAGAACAGCAUUCUUCCUUACUACCCGGCCACAAAGAUCACAUAUAUAACUGUUGGUGCUGAAGUAACUGAGGCACCCAAUAAUGCCUCAGCCCUAGUGGUACCUGCCAUGCAUAAUGUCCUGACAGCCCUGAAAAAGGUUGGAUUGCAUAAAAGGAUUAAAGUUUCAAGCACCCAUUCCCUUGGGGUCUUGUCUCGUUCAUUUCCACCGUCUGCUGGGGCUUUUAAUAGCAGCCAUGCAUUUUUUCUGAAGCCCAUGUUGGAAUUCCUUGCUGAGAACCAAUCUCCUUUUAUGAUUAACAUUUACCCAUACUAUGCUUUUAGAGAUUCUCCAAACAAUGUAACUUUGGAUUAUGCUCUUUUUCAGUCAUCCUCUGAAGUGAUAGAUCCAAACACUGGUUUGCUUUAUACAAACAUGUUUGAUGCUCAGAUUGAUGCCCUUUAUUUUGCCCUGACGGCUCUAAAUUUCAGAACAAUUAAGGUUAUGGUUACUGAGACAGGCUGGCCGUCCAAAGGGUCACUGAAGGAGACAGCAGCUACUCCUGAUAAUGCCCAGACUUAUAACACCAAUUUGAUUCGUCACGUCAUCAAUAACUCUGGAACUCCUGCAAAACCUGGAGAAGAGCUAGAUAUUUACAUCUUCUCUUUGUUCAAUGAGAACAGGAAGCCUGGUUUGGAAUCUGAGAGGAAUUGGGGUUUAUUUUAUCCAGGUGGGACAAGCGUCUAUACUUUGGAUUUUACAGGAAGAGGUGUUGUUGAUGUGCCGAAAAACACCAGUAUUACAGGUUUUAAUGGAACGACAACAUGGUGCAUUGCUUCAAAUAAUGCUUCUCAACUGGACUUGCAGAAUGCCUUAGACUGGGCGUGUGGCUCUGGCAAUGUCGACUGUUCUGCCAUUCAGCCUAGUCAGCCUUGUUUUGAGCCAGAUACUUUAGUUUCACAUGCAUCCUUUGCAUUCAACGGUUACUACCAGCAAAAUGGGGCUACUGAUGUUGCUUGCAGUUUUGGUGGGACAGGAGUUAAAGUUGACAAGGAUCCAAGCUAUGAUAAUUGCUUGUAUAUGACCACUGGGACCAACAAAACAGCAACAAGUAACACAACAGCAAUUGCUUCUUCAACUUCAUCCUCAUCCUCCCCUCGGAAUGAUGUUUCGAAAUGGGCUUUAAGUUUCCUUCUUAUGGCUCUAUUUGCACUUCUAAAUAUUCAUAGUGCACAAGAAAGCUUCAUUGUGAAAGCAUGGUAAAGUCUGCGAGUAUUCAGUGCUAUAAUUGAUGCAGGAGAAGUAUCAAACUGAGAUUUUUUGAUGAUCUGCACGAGCAAGGACGUGCAACUGGUGCAGAGGUAUCUGCAUUUUGUACAAUAUUUUAGAAGGUAUUAUUAGGAGAUGGCAAUGCAAUACUAGUCCAUCUCUGUUAUUUUGAGAUUACUACAUACUAAUCUAUCUAUUGGUUCUCAGCAUUUUGUGUGUAUGAUAACUCUAUGUCAAUCAUGCUUCUAUUGCAAGUGCAGUUCAUUAAGAAAUCAA